GGGCUAAGCUCUUCUGGAGCGUUAUAAUCUCCUUGCCUCUCACCCUGCGAGGGCUUCACCUGGAGCUCCAAACUCAGACAUGAGACCGCGCUCCCAGAGCGGGGCCCCCGUUCUCCUCGGCCUCCUCGGCCUCUUGGGCCUCCUGUCCCGCACAGUUCUGGCUCUGGAGAGGCGCUAUUACAUCGCCGCUGUGCACAUAGACUGGAGCUACACCGCGCCGGACGAGGGCAGCUCAGGCCCCACCUAUAAGAAAGUGGUGUUCAGGGAAUAUGACGCUGAUUUCAAACAGGCCAAGGCCCACCCACCAUGGUUAGGUCUGCUGGGGCCCACGCUGAGGGGGCAGGAAGGUGACGUCAUCGUGGUCACGUUCAGAAACAUGGCCGACAAGCCGUACAGCAUCCAUCCGCAUGGGAUAGCCUACGGGAAGCAGUCAGAGGGUUCUCUGUACUUUGACAACACCUCCCUGUUUGAGAAGGAAGACGACCAGGUCCUGCCAGGGGAAGAGCACACAUAUUAUUGGGAGGUGACCCCUGAGGUGUCCCCAAAAGAGGAGGACCCCCCCUGUGUUACAUAUAACUACAUCUCCCACUACGACAUCGUCAGAGACUACAACUCGGGACUGAUUGGUACCAUGCUGGUGUGUAAAGCAGGUAGCCUCAAUGACAAAGGAGAGCAGAUUCAUUUCUUCCAGGAGUAUGUUCUCCUCUUCGGCGUGUUUAAUGAAAGUAAGAGCUGGUACACAACAGAGAGCACGCCCCCUAGUGGCCCUGUGAAGUACACCAUCAAUGGCUACACCAAUGGCACCAUACCCGGUCUGAAAGUCUGUGCCCACACCGCGAUGAGCUGGCACCUGCUGGGCAUGAGCUCCCAGCCAGAGCUCUUCUCCGUCCACUUCAACGGGCAGGUGAUGCUGCACAUGGGGCACAGGGUCUCGUCUGUGGGGCUCAUCAGCGGAACCGCCACCAGCGCCAACAUGACCUGCUCCCACCCGGGCCGGUGGCUGCUGUCCUCGUACGUCAGCCGACACAUGGAGGCUGGAAUGCAUGGAUACCUGAAUGUUCAGACCUGUGAGGGAAUCGCUGCGCCCAUCCGAAAACUGACCAUCCAACAGAGGAUACAGAGUCAGGAGUGGACCUACUACAUCGCCGCUGAGGAAGUCGUCUGGGACUACGCGCCCAACAUGCCCGACUACAUCGACAGCGAAUACAGGGCGAAAUACCUGCGGAGCAGUCCGGACCGGAUAGGCAGGCGGUACAAGAAGGCGGUCUUCACGCAGUACAUGGACGACAAGUUCACGGCCAGGUUGGAGCACAAGCAGAGGAAGAUGGAGACGGGGGUCCUGGGUCCCGUGAUCAGAGCUCAGAUCCGGGACGUGGUGAAGAUCGUCUUCAAGAACAUGGCAAGUCGACCGUACAGCAUCUACCCACACGGACUGACCAUUAAUAAAGCUGAAGAGGGAGCCAGCUAUCCCGAGGGAGGCAACCAGAGCAGUGCAGUGCAGCCGGGGGAGACUCGCACCUACGAGUGGAAGGUCCUGGAGGAAAACGAGCCCACCGGCAGUGACUCCAGGUGCCUGACCCGAAUGUACCACAGUGCUGUGGACACGCCCAGGGACAUCGCCUCUGGUCUCAUUGGACCCCUUCUCAUCUGCAAGAGCCAGUCCCUCAACAAGAAGAACAUACAGUUGAAGGCUGACAAGGAGCAGCAGGCAGUUCUGGCUGUUUUUGAUGAGAACAAAAGCUGGUACAUUGAGGACAACAUCAAGUCUUACUGUGGCGACCCUUCAAAAGUGAACAAAGCAGACCCGGAAUUUUACAGCUCAAAUGUCAUGCAUUCAAUAAACGGCUACGUAUAUGACAGCGGGCAGGUUCUGGGGUUUUGCAAUGGCGAGAUAGUGACCUGGCACAUGUCCAGCGUCGGAGACCAGGACCACAUUCAGACCGCCACCUGGCACGGUCACAGUUUCGAGCUGAACGACGGUACCGAGGACAUCCUGAGCCUCUUUCCCAUGUCUGGAGAGACCAUCACCAUGAACAUGGAUAAUAUUGGCCACUGGCUCAUGUCAUCAUUAAACUCCUAUGAGGCCAAAGAGGGAAUGAGAUUGAAGUUCAAAGACCUCGAGUGCUACAGAGACUAUUAUUACGAAGACACUGAUAAAGCUGAGGCAGAGUUUUCUGUGAAUAUAUGGCAGCCCGAGGACAUGCAGGCACUAAAGGAACAGGAAGAAAGAAGGAAGGAGGAAGAAAAAAUGAAGAAGAAUGCGAGAGAACCAGCGGAACCUGACAAGUUCACGGCGUACUAUGCGGAAGAACUCGGAUUUGACCUUCGGACGUUCAAAAACAAAUCGCAAGGACCGGCAGACGAUGUGGAAUUGUUGGACCUUACUCUGUUUGAUUAUGGUGAUCAGGUCUACCCAACUAAAAACACUACUGAGAAUCAAAGUCUCUCUUCCUCUACCACCUCACAGAACCGAACACGCCCAGUACUAGGGUCUGAAAAGAUACCAACAAAUUUGUCAUUGGCCAAGGCAAUGGUUGAUGAAAAUGUAACGAUGGCAGGAUCAUUUAACGGAAGUAGGAAUAUGACAAGGAAACUGAAUGAAACUGCAGGUCAUUUGCAUGCUAAUGUUAAAAAUGCACUCACUAAUGACACUGUGGCUGAGACAACCAAGCUGCAUGUGCAGAGAGAUCGAACUGUCGCGUUAACCCUGGAGACCAACAUCACCGGCCAGAUCACUCACGCUGUGGAGAGUGUAGCAAAUGCGACGUCGCUAAGCCAGCUGAAUGGGAGCUCUGGAGUGAACCAGAGAGAAACCACUCCAGAUCCAGCAAGCACCUCACACACGCGGAACACAACAGCAAAGGUGUCCGAGGACAGAACCACAGGGAUCACUUCCUUCUCCUACGCAGUGCCCCUGUCAAAGCUUCCCUCCCACAGCACUCUGGUAGAGAUGGACAAUGCGGACAAAGAAGACUUUGUGUUGCUGGAUGGUGGUGGGGCCUCUGUGGAAAUCCACACUGAUAAUGACAAAGUGAUGGUGAUAAACCACCAGGACCAUCCAAAAGCUGGAGUGCUGUAUAGCAUCUCCCCUGCUCUCACCUUCCCUGUUGAGCAUCAGAAGAUAUUGCUGGGUUCAGAGGGCGCCAUGUUGAAUUCAGAAAAUACGGCGUGCGGCGCCAGCUGUCCUAAAGAUUUGAACACCACCGGACCUGCGGUUGAAAUUCACAACAUUAAUGGUACAAACAAUGGAAACCUAUCUGUGAAAAUCAGUAACAGCACUGCGCAAAUGAACUAUACCCUGCAUGUGGAGGCAACCUCAAUGCCAGGUGUGAACAGAACGGAUUACGCUUCUGUAAGAAGCCCGGCGCUUCUGAAACCACAGUCAGACAAUGAAACGUCCCCUGAGACUGUAGCGUCAACCUCACAGGAUGAGGUUGUUCAGGAUGUUGGAAACAAAGCUCCUAGUUUUGAGCACAUUUACACAUUGGAGGAGCCCAGCUCUGAAAGAGAGAACGGCUCCUCUAUAAUUCUGGGUAGAAAUGUUACGCUUUCCCCCUCCUUAACGAACGUCUCAUCAUCACAGAAUUACACAGAGGUAAUUUCGGGUAGAAACGUUACAUUUUCCCCUGGCUUGACAAACGUCUCAUCAUCACAGAAUUACACAGAGGUAAUUUCGGGUAGAAACGUUACAUUUUCCCCUGGCUUGACAAACGUCUCAUCAUCACAGAAUUACACAGAGGUAAUUUCGGGUAGAAACGUUACAUUUUCCCCUGACUUGACAAACAUCACAUUGUCCCAGAAUUACACAGAUGUGUCUCGAGAGGUAGGGCACAUUGGGGAUCCCCACGUAGGCAAUGUCUCCUUUGCAGUUUUGGGGUCCUCCUCGGAAUCUGAGGAGGACCUCCACAGCAGUUCAAAGCAGAACGUGUCCGAGAGCCGAGAGGAAGUGGUGAUCUACCUGAAGAACAACACCAAGGAGGCCAUCCUCACCGAAUCCCUGGAUCUCCAGAAGGAGCACUGGAGUUAUGAGGGUGGACACCAGCUGGUGCCCAUGGAGGUUCCUGGAAACAUGACCAAGUACACCAGAGAUGAGCCCAAGUCGAGCGGGAACGACUCAAACACCAAACGAGAGGAUGAACGCAAGAAGAAGGGCAAAAAAAGAAAGUGGCCCGCAAGUACAAACAACAUGAAAACGAGGAAGAAGAAGGUCUACAAGGCCCAGCCCAGCAGCGGGAUCUCUCCAAGGGGCCGCAAGCCUCCCGCGCUCACCCCCAGGGGUUCCAGGCCCAUCACCAGCGAGGAGGACCUGUCCUCAAAGUCCAUCGUUAUAGGUGUGCCGAGACGGGAUUUCAACGACUAUGACUUAUUCGUACUGCAGACGAAUGAAGAUCCCUAUCACAAUAUUCCUCAAGACAACCCCGGGGAUGAAUACGAGUAUGUAGAUUACAAAGACCCGUACAGCCAGCCCAACGACUUGAAAGAUAUGGAUGACUCUACGAAGUACCUUUUAAAAGUGGCGGGAGAGAACGCGAAGACUUACUUCAUUGCCGCGGAAGAAGUUGAAUGGGAUUACGCAGGAUACGGGCAAAGGAGACAGGAGAGAACAAACAUUAAUGAUAAGCCAACGCAGUUCACUAAAGUUGUCUUCCGGAGCUACCUGGAUAGCUCCUUCAACACCCCAGAGAACAGAGGAGAGGUGGAUGAACACCUCGGACUCCUGGGUCCGAUCAUAAAGGCUGAGGUCGAUCAGACCAUCGUGGUUGUUUUUAAAAACCUGGCCAGCAGACCGUAUUCGUUGCAUUCCCACGGCGUUUCCUACACAAAGCAAACGGAAGGUCUGAAGUACGAUGACGACUCUACUCACUGGUAUAAGAUGGAUAAUGAGGUUCAGCCCGAUAGCACAUACACUUACAUCUGGAAGGCGGAUAUAAGGUUUGGGCCGAAGUCUGAUGAUUCGGACUGCAGGACGUGGGCCUAUCAUUCUGGUGUGAAUCCAGAGAAGGACAUACACUCAGGGCUGAUCGGGCCCCUGCUGGUCUGCCGCAAGGGGACUCUGGAGAAGGACCAGGAGUUGGCCCAGAAGCGCGACUUCGUCCUUCUCUUCAUGACAUUCGACGAAACCAAGAGCUGGUAUUACGAGAGGAACAUGGAGAAGAUGCAGAGGAAACACAGGAGGGCCGUGCUGGACCCCCAGUUCACACAGAACAUCCAUUUCCCUGCCAUAAAUGGAAUUAUAUUCAGUCUGAAAGGACUCAGGAUGUACACCACGAAGCUGGUCAGGUGGCACCUAAUUAACAUGGGGUCUCCAAAGGACUUCCACAGCAUUCAUUUCCAUGGACAGACCUUCUUGGACAAACAGACGAAGGACCACCGCCAAGGAGUCUUCCCACUGCUUCCCGGCGGCUUUGCGGAUUUGGAAAUGGAGCCUUCGAAGCCUGGCCUGUGGCAGCUGGAGACGGAGGUGGGGGACCUGCAGCAGAGGGGGAUGCAGACGCUGUUCCUGGUUAUAGAUGAGUCCUGUGAACAUCCACUGGGCCUCAUCUCGCAGAGUGUGAAAGACUCACAGAUCACAGCCUCUCACUACACAGGAGAGUGGAAACCACAUUUGGCAAGGCUUCAGAACUCAGGUAAAUACAACGCUUGGAGUACUGACCGGGACGAUGGAAACUGGAUCCAGGUGGACUUUCAGAGGCCGGUGGUGAUCAGCAAAGUGGCCACACAGGGUGCAAAGCAGCUGUUCACCUCUCACUAUGUGGAGAAGUACACAAUCUCCUACAGCACCGACAGGAGGAAGUGGACUGUCUACAAAGGAAUCAGCAACAGAAAGACCUUUACGGCGAAUGAAAAUUAUCAUGAGGUCAAAGAAAACACCUUCUUCCCUCCUUUGAUUGGUCGUUUUGUUCGUCUCAUUCCCACCCAAUCCUAUAAUAGGCCAACGGUGCGCCUGGAGUACUAUGGAUGUGAACUGGACGGAUGCUCUGUGCCUUUGGGAAUGGAGAGUGGGCGGAUCAGUGACCUUCAGAUCACAGCCAGCUCUGUGGCUUCCAGCUGGUUCGCUGGCCCCUGGCAACCUUGGUUCGCUCGUCUCAAUAAACAAGGGGCGGUCAAUGCCUGGCAGGCCAAGACAAACAACAUGCAGCAGUGGCUACAGGUUGAACUGAAGGACGUAAAGAAAAUCACUGGCAUUGUUACCCAGGGCGCCAAGUCCAUGGGCACAGAGAUGUACGUGACAGAAUAUACCAUAGAAUACAGCAAAGAUGGAAAAACCUGGAUAAAAUACAAGGAGGAUGAAGAUGACUUUGAUCAGAAGAUAUUUCCUGGAAACGAGGACAACAACGGCCACAUGAAAAACUACAUCUACCCUCCAAUCUUUUCACGGUUCAUAAGAAUUAUCCCUCGACGGUGGCAGAAAACAAUCACCAUGAGAAUUGAAUUGCUUGGGUGUGAUUUUGAAUAAGGAUAUGCGGAGCAGUAUAUUUCACCACAUAUCCAUACAUGCUCAUUUUUAUACACAGAUUAUAAAUCCAGGUUUUAUUUUUACAAGUUUUGGAUGCCUGCCUCCCCAUUCCCUUUUUUAAAUUUAGCUGUGAGCAUAAUUCCAGGUGAAUGUGUAAAUAUGUAAGUACUCUAUACAAUCACAGUCAAUAAACUAUUAUUGUACACACACA